GAUACCGAGGGUGGGGCAACGGCAGCCUGUCCCGGUGAGGGGAGGAGAAUACAGGGAACAGAGGCGGUACUUUCUCCGCUGCCUCUUUCUCGGCGCUGGAGAGUGUGGGACCAGGGCUGGAGAGACCGCCGGGGAGCAUCAGCAGAACCAGUCCAGCACGGAGCCUCGCCUGGCCGACCGCUGCGCCGUGCACUCUUCUUGGGGACUGCACAAAAUUCCUGUGAAAUAUAACUGCUUUUAAUGGCAUGUGGCUUGUAACUUUACUUCUGCUGUAUUCUUUGCAAGAAGUCAACAGUGAGGAUGUUGUCUCUACGCGGCUGUACUUUGUGAACGCCUCCCUGCAGCGGGUGACCUUCUCCAGCUCGGUGGGGGUGUCCCUGCCCUGCCCCGCGGGUGGCGCCCCCCAUGCCGUCCUGCGCUGGUACCUGGCUGCCGGAGACGACAUUUACGACGUGCCCCAUAUCCGCCACGUGCAUGCCAACGGCACCCUCCAGCUCUACCCUUUCUCCCCCUCCGCCUAUAACAGCAUUAUCCAUGACAACGAAUACUUCUGCACUGCUGAGAACCAAGCGGGCAAGAUUCGAAGCCCCAGCAUCCACAUCAAAGCAGUGUUCAGGGAGCCCUACACAGUCCGUGUGGCCGACCAGCGCUCCAUGCGGGGUAAUGUUGCCGUGUUCAAGUGCCUCAUCCCCUCAGCUGUCCAGGAGUAUGUCAGCGUUGUUUCCUGGGAGAAAGACACCGUCGCCAUUGUCCCUGGCAAUCGAUUCUUCCUGACCUCAUUUGGCGCGCUGUACAUCUCAGAAGUGCAGAAGGAAGAUGCCCUUUCCACCUACCGCUGCAUCACAAAGCACAAGUACAGUGGAGAGACUCGUCAGAGCAACGGAGCCAGGCUCUCUGUUUUGGACCCUACGGAGUCCACCCCGUCAGUGCUGGACAGUUUCCAGUCCAGUGAGGUGCAGGUGGGGCAUAAUGUGGAGCUGCCCUGCAUCGCCUCUGGAUAUCCAAACCCGACCAUCCGUUGGCUAAAGGAUGGUCGACCAUUACCAGCAGACUCGCGCUGGACACGGCGCAUCACUGGUCUCACCAUUUCAGACUUGAGACUCGAGGAUAGCGGCAACUACAUCUGUGAGGUCACCAACAGCUUUGGCUCCAAAGAGGUGACGGGUCACCUCAACGUGAUAGAGCCACUGCGGGUUACCUUGUCUCCCAAAAAUCUGAAGACAGGGAUCAGCAGUACAGUCAUCCUCUCCUGUGCUGUUCAAGGUUCUCCUCACUAUAUGGUGUCCUGGUACCGCAACACAGAACCUGUUUUGCCUGAUCAGCACUUUUCCAUCCAGGGUGCUCACAAUGAGACGCUGUUCAUUUCUGCUGCACAAAAAAGACACUCGGGUGCUUACCAGUGCUUUGCCACACGCAAAGGCCAGACUGCCCAGGACUUCUCCAUCAUUCUCCUAGAAGAUGGCACACCCCGUAUUGUUGCCUCCUUCAGUGAGAGGGUGGUUGUCCCGGGUGAACCGUUUUCCCUGAUGUGUGCUGCCAAAGGAGCGCCUCCACCCACCAUCACUUGGACCUUGGAUGACGAGCCUGUGGCCAGAGAUCUGUCGCGUGUCAGAGCCAGUCAGUACACCCUGUCUGACGGCAGCACCGUGAGCCACGUGAACGUCAGCAACCCACAGAUUCGUGAUGGUGGAGUGUAUCGGUGCGCCGCACGAAACUCAGCCGGUAGUGCUGAGUACCAAGCGCGCAUAAACGUAAGAGGUCCUCCAAGGAUUCGGCCAAUGAAGAAUAUCACCGCCGUAGCAGGAAGAAACACUUUCAUAAACUGCCGUGUGAUUGGGUACCCUUAUUACUCAAUAAACUGGUACAAGGAGGGACUUCUACUGCCUGACAACCAUCGCCAGGUGGUGUAUGAGAACGGGACUCUAAAGCUCAGCGAUGUUCAGAAAGGGAUGGACGAGGGGGCCUAUGUCUGUAGCGUGCUCAUCCAACCGCAGCUCUUUAUCACACAGACUGUUUAUGUUACUGUCAAAGUUCCUCCACUGAUCCAGCCAUUUGACUUUCCUCCGACUUCCAUCGGUAAAUUGAUGUACAUUGCCUGCGUGGUGUCGUCUGGGGACAUGCCCAUACGCAUCACAUGGCGCAAGGACGGCCAGGAGAUCGUGCCCUCUUCGGGCAUUACUAUUGACACGAAGGAGUUCAUGAGCUCCCUCCAGAUAUCGAAGGUGUCGCUCAAGCACAAUGGCAACUACACCUGCAUUGCCAGCAAUGAUGCUGCCACUGUCAGCACAGAGAGGCAGCUCACGGUUACAGUGCCUCCUCGGUUUGUGGUGCAGCCCAAUAACCAGGAUGGGAUCUAUGGGAAGUCAGCUAUCCUGAACUGUUCUGUUGAUGGAUACCCUCCUCCUAAGGUCAUGUGGAAGCAUGCCAAAGGUGCAUUAGCGGGUAUUGGGAACCCACAGCAGUACCACCCUGUGCCUCUGACGGGCCGUAUUCAGAUCAUGAAUAAUGGCUCUUUACUUAUCAGACAUGUCCUGGAAGAGGAUCGGGGCUUCUACCUCUGUCAGGCCUCCAACGGCGUGGGCUCAGACAUCAGCAAAAGCAUGGUCCUCACAGUUAAGAUCCCAGCAAUGAUCACCAGUCACCCCAACACCACCAUGGCUAAGAAGGGUCACUUGAAGGAGUUGAACUGCACAGCCAGGGGAGAAUGGCCCAUCAUCAUCCGCUGGGAAAGGGGUGACACCGUCAUCGACCCCGAUCGCAACCCCCGAUACUCCAUUACCACCAGUCCCAAUGAAAAGACUGAUGAGGUGCUGUCAACACUCAAGCUCAAGCCAGCAGAGCGUGAGGAUUCAGUCUUCUUCUCUUGUCAUGCCAUCAACUCUUACGGAGAGGGACGAGGCCUUAUCCAGCUCACUGUGCAAGAGCCUCCAGACCCUCCAGAGCUAGAGGUGCGAGAAGUGAAAGAUCGUAGCAUGAAUCUCAGGUGGACACAGAGAUUUGAUGGGAACAGCGUAAUUACAUCAUACGAUAUCGAAUACAAGAACAAAACAGAUUCCUGGGAACUAAAGCAUGCCACCCGAAAUAUCUCUCCAACCAACAACCAGGCCAACAUAGUGGAUCUUCAUCCUGCAUCUGUCUACAGUAUCCGCAUGUACUCCUACAAUGCUAUAGGCAAAAGCGAGGCUAGUAAGGAACUCACUAUCAGCACAGAGGAAGCACAGCCUGAUGGUCCUCCAAUGGAUGUCAUCCUGCAGCCUGUGACAUCUCAGAGUAUCAGGGUCACAUGGAAGGCUCCAAGGAAGGAGCUGCAGAACGGUGUCAUCCGCGGUUACCAAAUCGGUUACAGAGAAAAUGGCCCAGGUAGUAAUGGGCAGUACAGCAUCGUGGAGAUGAAGGCCACUGGAGACAGUGAGGUCUACACACUGGACAACCUGAAGAAGUUUGCCCAGUAUGGGGUGGUUGUCCAAGCUUUCAACAGAGCAGGCACAGGACCUUCCAGCUCAGAGAUCAAUGCUACAACACUAGAAGAUGUACCCAGUCAGCCUCCUCAGAAUGUGCGAGCCAUUUCUGUAACAUCUGACGAAGCAGUUAUCACAUGGGCUGAGCCUCCAAGACUGACACUUCACGGUGUAUUGAAGGGAUAUCGUGUUGUUUUUUGGGCUGUUUUCCCAGACGGAGAGUGGGGUGAAAUGCAGAACAUCACAACCACCAAAGAGCAAGUGGAGCUGAGAGGCCUUGAAAAGUUUACUAACUACAGCAUCCAAGUGCUGGCCUACACCCAGGCUGGGGAUGGCGUCCGGAGCAACGUCCUUUAUAUCCAAACCCGUGAGGACUACCCUGGACCCCCAGCUGGCAUCAAAGCUGUGCCCUCCUCUGCCAGCAGUGUCGUAGUGUCGUGGUUGCCCCCUCACAAGCCAAAUGGAAUCAUCCGCAAGUACACCAUUUACUGCUCCAGCCCCGGGUCAGGCCAACCGCUCCCAAGUGAGUAUGAAGCUAAUCCAGAGCUGCUGUUUUAUCGAAUCACACACCUCAACCACCGCCAGCAGUACCUGAUCUGGGCUGCAGCCGUCACCACUGCAGGCCGAGGUAACUUCAGCGAAAAGGUCACUGUGGAGCCAGCUGCCAAAGCCCCAGCUAAAAUCCUCUCAUUUGGCGGUACCGUGACCACUCCCUGGAUGAAAGAGGUGCGACUGCCCUGUAGCUCAGUAGGAGAACCUACACCUACCAUAAAAUGGACCAAAGACAGUGAGGACACAGCCAUACCAGUUUCUCUAGAUGGGCAGCGUCUCAUUUUGGCUAAUGGGACUCUGGUGCUGCGCUCUGUCAAAGCUGAGGAUUCUGGUUACUACACCUGCACAGCCACAAACACACUUGGCUUUGACACUAUUAUAGUCAACCUUUUGGUGCAAGUACCUCCAGACCAGCCACGUCUAACCGUCUCUACCACCUCCACCUCCUCCAUCACUCUGGCUUGGAUACCAGGAGACAAUGGCGGCAGCUCUAUAAGAGGUUUUGUUCUGCAGUACUCUGUAGACAACACAGAGGAAUGGAAAGAUGUUUUCAUCAGUUCUAGCGAGCGCUCUUUCAAAUUGGACAACCUGCGCUGUGGGACCUGGUACAAAGUCAAGCUGGCUGCCAAGAACAGCGUUGGUGCUGGACGUAUCAGUGAGAUCAUUGAGGCAAAGACUCACGGGCGAGAACCCCAGUUCAACAAAGACCAGCCUGUCUUCACCCACAUUAACUCCAGCCAUGCUCGCCUCAACUUGCAAGGCUGGGCCAGUGGAGGCUGUCCGAUCACAGCUGUCACGCUAGAAUUUAGACCGAAAGGCACUUGGACAUGGCAGAACGUGCGCACCAACGCCACCACAGAUGUGUUCCUGGCAGAGCUGCGUGAGGCCACCUGGUAUGAGUUAAAGAUGAAAGCUUGUAACAGUGCUGGCUGUGGUAACCAGAGCUCCCAGUUUGCCACUCUAGACUAUGAUGGCAGCACAAUACCGCCAAUUAAAUCCCCUCUGGAGAAGAACGACGAUGUCAAGAAGCUGUUUUCUAUUGGCUGUCCUGUGAUCUUGGUCACACUUGGUGUUGCGUUGCUCUUCAUCAUUCGCAAGAAACGCAAAGAAAAGAGACUAAAGAGACUGAGAGAUGCCAAAAGCUUAGCAGAGAUGCUGAUCAGUAAAAACAACCGCAGUUUCGACACCCCGGUUAAAGGGCCUCCUCAGGGCCCACGGCUGCACAUCGACAUCCCCAGAGUGCAGCUGCUAAUUGAGGACAAAGAAGGCAUCAAGCAAAUCGGUGAGGACAAGGCCACUAUCCCUGUGACAGACACAGAGUUUAACCAAACUGGGAACCCUCAGAGCUUUUGCACUGGUGUGUCAGUCCAUCAUCCUGCCCUCAUCCAGAACACUGGCCCUUUGAUUGACAUGUCUGACAUCCGGCCAGGAACCAAUCCAGUGUCAAGGAAGAGUGUUAAGUCAGCCCACAGCAUCAGGAACCGCUACUCUAGUCAGUGGACUCUGACCAAGUGCCAGGCCUCUACGCCAGCCCGUACUCUCACCUCAGACUGGCGCACAGUUGGCUCCCAGCAUGGCAUCACUGUCACAGAGAGUGACAGCUACAGUGCCAGCCUCUCGCAGGACACAGAUAAAGGGCGCAACAGCAUGGUGUCAACAGAGAGUGCCUCCUCCACCUACGAGGAGCUGGCAAGAGCAUAUGAGCAUGCCAAGCUGGAGGAACACCUGCAACAUGCUAAAUUUGAGAUUACAGAGUGCUUUAUUUCUGACAGCUCAUCUGAUCAGAUGACUACAGGUACCAACGACAAUGCAGACAGCAUGACGUCCAUGAGCACACCGUCAGAGCCCGGCAUCUGCCGUUUUACUGCCUCGCCACCUAAACCCCAAGACUAUGACCGUGGCAAGAAUGUAGCUGUUCCCAUUCCGCAUCGCGCCAAGAGUGACUACUGCAACCUACCCCUCUACAUGAAGUCAGACCCCUUUUUUCGAAAGCAGGCAGAGCGUCAUGACCCGUGUCCAGUGGUCCCACCACGUGAAGCCUCUAUUCGUGGCCUGGCCCAACGUGCAUACCACACCCAGGGCCGUCAUGUGACUAUGGACUCUGCAAAACAGCAGGCCCUAACCAUGGGCCACUCUGGUCUGUCCAAUCUCACAUCCUCUGGGGCUUCCUCGGGAGGGGCAACAGGAGGCGGUGGUUGUGGCAGUGGGAGUGGAGGGGCAUCUGCUAGCUCUAGCAGCUCCACACUUCCCCAGAGAACUCUCACAAUGCCUGGCUCCUCUGCUGCAGGAGCCCAGAGUGCAGCGGCAGCUGCUGCUUCUGCUGCGGCUUCUGGGGCAUCAUCAUCCUCCGGUGGAGGUGGGGCAGUAGGGGCCACAGGAGGGACCCCUGGAGGUGCAUCUUCAUCUUCCUCCAAGAUGGGAGGAUCCAGAGACUCUCUCCUGGAGAGCAGCUCCUCGGGCUUAGGCAGACUACAGAAGCAAAGGGAUGGAGGGGCGGGGGCCUACUCCAAGUCCUACACACUGGUGUAGCCUGUCAUCACUGCGGCCUGUCACUGUAACUCUUCAUUGAAUGCUGGUCAAGCCAUCGCUUGCCUAGAGCCUCUAUGAAAAAUUGGGGUGAGAAACAUACAGAUGCACAGCUUACCUGUCAGUGCCUGUGCUGUGCCAGGCUGCAGGGGGCUGGUUGGGUUCCCACUGACAAUAUUAUAUGAUGGGGUCAGAGUUGGGUCUCCACAGCACAGGGGUUUGCCUUUCUUUCUGCCUGAUUGCUUUCUGUUAUUAUUGUGUCAUUUUUAUCUCUUACUUCAUCACCCUGGGAAACACCUUUGCCAAAACAUAGAUGAUUUAUUCACAUUUGUUAACUCUAUAUUUUGAUUUUCUGGCAAAGACACAGUACUUAUGCACAAAAUGCUUUCCACGUGCACUGUCUUGUUUUCUGGAUCAAGACAGCUGUAGAAUGAACCAGGUUGCUUGAGUUUCAGAGAGAUGUGUAUUAAGAUUUUUAGGUUUUUAAAAAUGUUGCUUUUUUGGCCUCUGAUGGAAAGGAGCUCAUAUCACAGCAUUGUGCCAUGGCAGGAUGCUUUAUUGUAUGCAUUAACCACCAACCUUGGUGUUACACUGGCUCUGAAAGAUUACUCCAUCGUGGAUUCGUACAUUAGAGGCAAUGGAUGGACCGUCGUCUCAAUAUCAGAUUUGAGACAAAGGGAUUUUCAUAUACAUGCAAUGGAUGAUACAGCAUAGUGGUCUUAAUUGAUGCUUUUCUAAACAGACUCAAAGCAGAGAAGAUGGGGAAAAAAAUUCAAGCAUCAUAAAGUGCAAGAUGAAUCCAACCUUUUUCUUUUAAAUCAGUUUUCUGUUUAUUUUCAGAUGAUGGAAAUAUAAUCUCAUGUGCACUAAGAGAAAAUUAGAAUGGAUCCAAGUAACAGAAACCUUCAACAGCCUGCGUGCGUGCGUGUGUGUGUGUGUGUGUGCGCGCGCGCGCGUGCAAGCGUGUUUGCGCGGGUGUAUAUGUGUGUAUAUAAAUGUAUGCAUGUGGCAGGCACACCAACGAUGGACCUUUUUAAAAUCAGUCUGUAUGCUGACCUCUUGGGCAGACAUCUGUGUCAAAACUGACAAAUGUUCAUUUUGUACCUGUGAAAGGGGAUAAUGGGUCGAUGCUGAUGAUGUAACGCAACGACCCUAAUUUGGUCCAGCAUUUUGAACUUUGUUUUGGAUUGACGACAUGGCUUAGGAAAUGAAAAACACAGGAAAAGAAGUGGGUUCAGAAGAGAGCUAUUACAGAUUAUAAGAACUAGGUCCCUCUUUUUCUCUUAAACUUCCUCAAGAAGGAAGCGACCAUUAUAUGAUUCAUCAUGGCGCCACAAUAUCCAUUAUGUUUUUUGUUUUAAGCCAUUUUACCUGUGCCCUUUUCCUCCCUUUCUGUCCUUUCCCACUUUCACCUUUACCCACCCGGUCCAUCAUCAUAUCCAUACAGUGUCACUGUGAUCUACUGCUAGCUUACUGGCAGGUCAAAGAGACAGACUGACUGAGAGAAGAGGUCUAAUAUGCACAGACGGGCAGAAAUGCUAUUUGAUGUGUAGUGUCAGCUUGAAUGAGAAGCAAGUCGCAGCAGAUUUAUGGAGAUUUAUGAAGAAAAAUCAUAUUUGCAUAAUCUUGAAUUUAUAAACAGACAGUAAUGUUUAAGAGUAUAAUCAGAGGGAUCGAGCGUCAAUAUAAUGUGAAGUAGCAGAGAGAUUUUUCUUCAAAAAUAAGUGGUCUUUGAAACUAAAAGGAGUAUUUUCAAGUCCCUCCACCUUGCUGAAAUUAUUUUUAGCUUUAUGCAUGGUACUGUAUCUUUUUUUUAUUAUUACUAUUAGUUCUUCUCCCAAAGCUUAAUCCCAUAACAAAGAUCGUUCCAAAAAAAAAAGAAGAGUUGCUCCACAUGUUUUUCAGUGGUCGAACAUAACAUCAGGGCUCUCGCAAUAGAAAAAAGAAAAAGAUAUAUGUUUGUUUUCAAAAGUAUGUACAUAUAUAUUUCUAUUCAAAUAUAUAGCAAAUAUAUGAAUAUUGAAAAAAAUGCAGAGAAAUAUAAAAGCCGUUCUAAUUGAAAAUAUAUAUAAAAGAUCACAAGACAAUCGCUCAGAGUGAAAAAAAUUGCCAGAAGAGAAGAAGGAAAAAGAAGAGGGAAGUUUAAACGGGUAGCACAACCAUGGGCAGAAGAUCUUAGAGCGAAAGGAAGUUGUGUGAAAGAAAAUUAAGUGGUGAAACUAAGGUUUGAACCCCUUGUGAUUUUGUAAAUGUUCAAAGCUGUACCGCCUGUGCAGCAGGUAGCAGCUGAAAGGACAAGCACAGUAAAGUCAAAUUAUAGUGUGAGAUUGUGUCGCUGGUUAACUGUGGUUUAUGGCUCAGUGCAGAAAGUGUGGUGUUGAAAAAGAAAACAGUAUAACGAGGACAGUCUAUACAGUGAGAAUCUUGUAUUAUGUUGUAUUGUACCUUCUGAAGGUGUGUUCACAAACUCAAUGCCAUUACCUAUAAUUAUAAUUAAUGACAACAAACAACCAACAAGUAUUUCUGUUUCCUAUCUGUGUCACAGCAAGUCAUUCCCAAACUCCAGGAGUGCAGUCCAAUGAGCAUACCACACAGUGGUGUUUAAAAACUGCUUCUAAAUGUAUCCAUGCUCCCUUUCGUUUGAAAACUAGCCGGGAGAGAUAUGUAUUUUUGCUUUUUGUUGCUAAUGGUUACGAUGCCUUUUCUUUUAGCUUUUACAUUUCAAGUUAUGCAAAUACUUGUCUUCAGAAAAACAAGAGUUUGGGAAUGGGGCAGGCCUGCUUUCACAACCAGGGGCUUCCUUACUCCAGUUGUAUGGAUAUUGGUUGGAAUGAUGAAAUAAAGUUCUGUCCAACCUGCUUUCCCCAGUUCUUCAGUGAAGUUGCUUCUACCGUAUAACACCGAUCCUCUGUCAGUUUGCUUAAAGUAAAUGUAAUGUCUGUCUUUAAAGAAAAUUCCACCCUCCAAACAUUUCCAGAAUUCUAGUAGGCCAUAAAUGUCCAUGUAACAUUUUGCCAUUACAUAUAAUAUGCGUUUUAACAUUUAGCUUAUUUUGAUACUUUAUAGCAGAUGGUUUUUUUUAUUUUUUUGUCCACCCAAACAUAUGAACACUGAAUUGCUUUCAAUGCAUUUUACAAAGCAUACUCACAUAGUAAGGAAAAUGUUAAUCAUACUCAAAUUUCCAUUUUAAUGUUAAUGAUAAUACAUCAGUUUUAGAAGUUUAUGUACCAAAUAGCGAGUAUAGAAAAGAUAAAAUCACUAACAUUUAUUAAGGGAAAAAAACAAUCCACUGGAUAAAGUGGUCCUCAUAUUUUAUUCUUAUUUCUCUUAUUAUAUUUGGACAGCUUUUCAGCUUACGAAACAUCUGGGGUGGAUUUUUCCUUAAAAUACAACAACAUACUUUCAAACUGACUUUGCCUGUGUUUGUAAGGCCAACUUCACACGUUCCACUUCCCCAACGUUUUCCCCAUCUGCCAAUCAAUCAGAACCCCGUCUCCACCCCCACCGUUCCCCGUUGUCCACUUAUACAGCUUAUGUUUUACUCCAUAAUAGAAGACUUGUGUACAUAGGAAAGUGUUUUGUAUAAAUGAGUACUAUUUUCGACAUCUUCACUAGAAACCAGGGCACAAUGUAAACUUUGAACUGAAGCUAUUGUAAUGAAACAGAAGAGGACUUAACGGCAAGACUAUAAAAUUAUACAGACACCGCUUUAUCUUGAUUUAUGGACCAGUUAAAACGUGUCAGAGUGGACCAUGCAUAAUUAAAAAAAUAUAUUGUUUUCUUCUUUUACAGGGCAUUUGGUUGAGUUGUCUCCUUUUU